UUACAGGGCAGGUAUAAAUAGCCAGCGCCUACCAAGGAAAGGCUAGUUUGCCUGGAGAUCCUGGAACCCUAGAGGACGCAACCGCCAUGUUUCUCCUCCCUCUCUCUGUGCUGGUCCUGCUCACACGGCCCUCAAGGUCACUGGGAGCAGAAAUGAAGACCUAUUCCCAGAGAACAGUGACCAACGCCUGCACCCUGGUCAUGUGUAGCCCCAUGGAGAGUGGCCUGCCUGGUCGUGAUGGACGGGACGGGAGAGAGGGCCCCCGGGGCGAGAAGGGGGAUCCAGGUCUGCCAGGAGCUGUAGGACGAGCAGGAAUGCCUGGACCACCUGGACCAGUUGGGCCCAAAGGGGAGAAUGGGUCUGUUGGAGAACCUGGACCCAAAGGAGACGCUGGACCACGUGGACUUCCAGGACCUCAAGGUUCUCCAGGUCCAGCUGGAAAAGAGGGUCCCACAGGGAGGCAGGGGAACAUGGGACCUCAAGGAAAACCAGGCCCAAAAGGAGAGGCUGGGCCCAAAGGAGAAGUGGGUGCCCCAGGCAUGCAGGGCUCUGCGGGGACAAGAGGCCCCAUGGGUCCUAAAGGAGACAGGGGAGCCGCUGGCCAGCCGGGAGCCCCUGGCAGUGCUGGGACAGCAGGGUCUGCUGGAGCUGUGGGUCCACAGGGACCUCCAGGUGCCAGGGGCCCCCCAGGACUGAUGGGGGAGAGAGGUGUCCCUGGGGACAAAGGAGCAAAGGGAGAGAGUGGGCUUCCAGAUGUCACUGCUCUGAGGCGGCAGGUGGAGGCCUUACAAAGACAGGUACAACAACUCCAGGAUGCCUUCUCUCAGUAUAAGAAAGCUGAGCUCUUCCCCAAUGGCCGAAGGGUCGGGGAGAAGAUCUUCAAGACGGGAGGCUUUGAGAAAUCUUUUGAGGAGGCACAGCAGGUGUGCACACAGGCCGGGGGGCAGCUGGCCUCCCCACGCUCGGCCGCUGAGAACGAGGCCCUGCAGCAGCUGGUGACAGCUCAGAACAAGAUCGCCUUCCUGAGCAUGACCGACGCCACGACAGAGGGCAAGUUCACCUACCCAACGGGGGAGACCCUGGUCUAUUCCAACUGGGCCCCGGGGGAGCCCAACAACAACGGAGAGGCCGAGAACUGCGUGGAGAUCUUCACCAAUGGCAAGUGGAACGACAAGAACUGCAAGGAGCAGCGCCUUGUGAUCUGCGAGUUCUGAGCCACGGGGUGGGGGCGGGGGAGGCGGUGCUGGCCCGGAGCCUGGCCGGUGAGGCAGGGCCCAGGCCCGUGUGCUGCCAACAGGCCAAUAAAAGAUGACACCUCUGCCGGCCA